AUGCUCGGAAAACCAGAACCCGCGAAGACGAGCCCCGCUGGCGACCCCGCCAACGCUGGCCUCUUCCACGAGAUCGAGGCCCUCAGCAAGGCCCUCUCUCUCGACCCCAAGCCCCGCCGCUGCCCUCCUCCACCUCCCGGCCACCACCGCUCCCACGCCUCGACCGCCGCCGCCCGAUCCCACAUCCCGGAUUCCACUAUCAAACCAUCCUUCUCCUCCUGUCUUCUUCCCCGAUCAGCGCGUCUCAAGGACAAGAAGCCCUCCUACUCCUCUUCCAUCUGGAGUUGGAGGUCCCUCCGGGCGCUCUCCCACAUCCGUCACCACCGAUUCGACUGCCGCUUCUCCCUCCACGUCCAUUCCAUCCAGGGCCUCCCCCCGCCCCUCGCCAACGCUGCCCUCUGCGUCCACUGGCGCAGGACCACCGACGCCGCGGGCGCACGGACUCGCCCCGUCAGGGCUGUCCAUGGGACCGCCGAGUUCGGGGAGACGCUAGCCCACCAGUGCUCCAUCUAUUGCAGCCGGAGUGGGGCCCAGCAUUCGGCCAAGUACGAGGCGAGGCACUUCUUUCUCCACGCCACGUUGGUGGAUGCCCCGGGGGUCGACAUUGGAAAACACCGGGUGGACCUCACGAGGCUGCUGCCGCUAACCCUGGAGGAGCUGGAGGAGGAGGAGAGCUCCCGGGAGUGGAGCACGAGCUUCCGGCUGGCAGGAAAAGCAGGCGGUGCUUCCCUUAAUGUGAGUUUUGGAUUCUCGGUGGUGGCAGGGGGAAGUGGUUCAAUGGACUUUAGCAGCGUGAAGAAGGGUUCCGAAAUCCCGAAAGUUGAUCGGCAGAAUUCCUUUAGGAGAUCUGAGAGCCUUCGAGGUCCAAGUCAUGUCGUUAAUGAUAAAUCUCACCUUUUAUCUCGGUCUUUGGAUGACAUGGAGGUGCUUCGUGAGGUCAUGCCAAGUUUGAAGUCCGGAGAGGUAUCGGUUUUGGCUCCACGGAAAUUGGAGAAUAGCAAGAACGAUGACGGCAUGUUGGACAUUGUUGAUUCCAACUUCAGGCCUGUACAGUCAAUGUCGCCUGAAUUGAAGAAUUGCAUUUCAUCAGAGCUGAUUGAAGGAGAUGGGGCGAAAGAGUCUGAGUUUGUAGUAAUCGAACAAGGGAUACAGAUUGCUGCAAGGGAUCAGCUUGGUGAACCCAGGGAAGAAGAAAUUAAACCUUUAGGUGCGGAUAAAGGAGGGGGAGUUGGCUUGGAAGUAAAUGGAGUGAAGCCGGAUCAGCAUGUCAAAGAGUUCUCUUGUCCGGAUGAGAAUCUGAAAGAGAGUUGGUCGUUUCUUGAUGAUUCAAUCAUGGAAGAACUGGACUCUGCUCUCCAUAGCGUUUCUGUUCUUGAGGCAGAAGUUAGGGGGCCAAUAGAACUUAUACUAGGGAUGUCCAAGCAGCUGAGUGACACUGAGGCUGAACCGAAUUAUGCGAUAGGAAGCGUGAAGAGCAAGUCCCUUAGCUUGGAUGAUGAGGUCUCAGAUUCUGCUGCUGAUGAGUUUUUGAGCAUGUUGGGGAUAGAGCAAAGCACAUGGGGGCUGAGUUCUGAUAGCGAUCCAGAAUCACCAAGAGGGUGCCUUUUGAAACAAUUUGAGAAGGAAUAUCCUACCAUUGGUGAUGGUAUCCUAGGUCUUGAUAUUGGAUUGGGAAAGGAUGCAGAAUCAGGGGACUUUUCAGAGGAUUUUGAUCUCUUGUCAAUUGUUCAUGCUGGCGAAGUGGAUCAUCAGGAAACAACUCAAGAAGUAAAAACUAUGUCAAAGGCCCAAGUUCUGGAAGAUAGAGAAACAGAGGCUCUAAUGAAUGAAUGGGGUCUGAAUGAGAAGGUGUUUGACAGCUCUCCACCUGAGGGGUGGGAUGGGUUUGGUAAUCCUAUUGAUCUCCCACCUGAGGACCCAGUUGCGUUACCACCUCUUGGUGAGUGUUUGGGCCCAUUUAUUCAGACAAAGGAUGGUGGAUUUCUGCGGUCGAUGAACCCAUCCCUUUUUAGGAAUUGUAAGAACAAUUAUAACCUGAUCAUGCAGGCUUCCCAUCCUGUUGUACUGCCAGUGGACAUGGGUUCUGACAUUGUGGAAAUAUUGCAACGCUUGGCUUCUGUGGGAAUUGAGAAGCUAUCAGGACAAGCAAGCAAGUUGAUGCCCCUGGAAGAUGUUAGUGGGAAAACAAUGCAGCAGGGGGCAUGGGAUGCAUUGCCCUCUCUGGAGGCAUGUGAAAGGCAGGAGUUGCUGCUGCAUCAGAAACAAAACGGGGAGUCAGGGGUUGGUUGGAGUACCUCUGGUUAUAGAAAAAAUGGUAAAGGUUUAAAUCUGACUUCAUCGAGGGGUGUGGAGACAGGAUCAGAAUACGUUUCGCUCGAGGAUCUUGCUCCACUAGCAAUGGAUAAGAUUGAAGCGCUAUCACUCGAGGGUCUGAUGAUACAAUCUGGAAUGUCUGAUGAGGAGGCACCUUCGAAUAUAAGAUUGCAAGCUAUUGGGGAAAUAUCAGCUCUGGAAGGGAGAGGGGCCAAGAUUGCCAGGUCUGUUGGUUUAGAGGGUGCUGCUGGGCUACAACUUCUGGAUGUCAAAGACACUGAGGAUGAAGUUGAUGGGUUAAUGGGUUUAUCAAUAACCCUGGAUAAGUGGAUUAAGCUAGAUUCUGGAUUAACUGAAGAAGAUGAAAUCAGUGAUCGGACAUCAAAAAUACUUGCAGCUCAUCAUGCAAGGACUUCAGACUUAUUCAAUAGGGGGUGGAAGGCAGGUAAGAAAGGAGGGAGGAGCUCAGGUAGAAGGUGGGGUUUAUUUGGGAAUAAAUUUACUGUAGCUUUAAUGGUGCAGCUUCGGGAUCCCUUACGCAACUUUGAGCCGGUUGGAGCUCCAAUGCUUGCUCUAGUUCAAGUUGAACGUGUUAUUGUUCCCCCUAAGCCCAAAAUAUACAGUGUUGUUUCGGAGAAAGGGAAUGGCGAACGAGAUAAUGAACUGGAGUCAAAUGCUGAAACUAUAGCUAAUGGGGAGAAGGAAGAGGAAGAGGAGCGCAUUUCUCAGUUCAAAAUUACAAAAGUACAUGUUGCGGGUCUGAAGACUGAACCUGGCAAGAACAAACACUGGGGUAGCUCAAUACAGCAGCAAUCUUGUUCUCGGUGGUUGCUUGCAAGUGGCAUGGGGAAGAGCAAUAAGCAUCCAUUCAUGAAGUCAAAGACUGUGAUGAAACCUUCUCAGCUGGCCACAACUGUGCAACCUGGAGAUAAUCUUUGGAGUGUUUCUUUGCGCAUGCAUGGUGCUGGGGCUAAAUGGAAAGAAUUAGCAGCACUUAAACCUCACAUGCGAAAUCCUGAUAUUAUGUUUCCAAAUGAGUCCAUCAGGUCGCCCUGAGUCUAAACCCAUCCAACUGUUCUUAAUCCACCAUCUUUUGUGGGGAGAGUGGGUGGGGCAACCAUUUUCUUUUAAAUUAUAGUUUUUUAAUUGAGGGCUUGAGUCCAGUGUUUUUGAGGGCAGAAGGCUGAUGAGAUCUGAUUAAGGAGCUUUGCUUUAAUUUACUUCAAAUUCAUCGACACGAUUCAUACAAUAAAAUCUAAUGGCAGUGAAAAACUAUUUUGUUUGAAAAUUAGUAUGUUUUACUCUGUACUUAUCCAAUCUCAGGGAUCUUCAGUGGUGUAUAUUCCGACCAUGUUUAUGUGCAUGAAAAUUUAUCCUUCAA